UGAAAGCCCCGAGUGCUACAUGCUCCACAGCACUCUGAGAAGGGGAAGUGUAAGCACCAGCAAAGUUCACUCAACAAGUCUGAAAACUUUAUUCUCCCAAACAGGUCUAAUCCGAGGUGUUGCAGGAUGGCUCAAGGCUGCCUCAAGUGUUUAAAGUACACCAUGUGUUUUGCCAACUUCCUUUGUUUCAUCUGUGGUGUGGCGGUGCUCAGCUUCGGUGCUUACCUGAUGGUGAACUUCAGGAUGGCCGCGCUCACCCCGACACUGACCAAGUUCAACGUAGCCAACAUGCUGCUGGUCAGCGGCAUCGUCAUCACCUGCGUGUCCUUCCUGGGCUUCCUGGGUGCUCUGAAGGAGAACCGCUGCCUCCUCCUGACGUUUUUCCUGCUGCUGUUCUUCCUGAUGCUGGUGGAGCUGACUGCAGCGUGCCUGCUGCUCAUGUAUGAGACCGAGAUUUCUUCUCUGUUGAAAGACGAUCUCAUCAAUGGUUUGGAAAAGGCCAAAGAAAAGGAAAAGGAAAAAGGGAAUUCAACGAGUGCGAUCACCACUGAGUGGGACGUGGUUCAGAAGCAGCUUGCGUGCUGUGGAGUGAACGGAACAGCAGACUGGGGGGGCAAAGUGCCUGAAUCCUGCUGCGUGAAGGACUGUGGCACCCGAGAGCCACAGCACGCAAAGGAGGGCUGUCUGGAAAAGUUGAAGAAGUUGUUUGAGGAAAAUUUCCUGACCACUGGGAUUUCUGUCAUUGUGCUCUGCAUUAUCGAGGUGUUGGGGAUGUGUUUUGCCAUGACGCUCUUCUGCCACAUCAGUCGAUCUGGACUGGGCUACAAGUUAUAAAAAGUAUUCUCUACAACAUUGCUCGUUUAUCCAUGUUUUGAAGUUUUGUACCUUUAAAGAAAUCAAAUGUGCAGAUGGCUUUUUUUUUUAAGAUCAGAAAAUGUUUUUGUGAGGACAAUAUUGUGAUUGUAUUAAUCUUUGUUUUAUCAUGACCAAAAAUAUUUUGAAACUAUUUUUUUUUCUUUUACUAGAAAAUGAAACAGAGUGUUUUAGACAAGACAUCUCUGAUCUCUGGCCUUCCGUAAUUGCAGGAGAUUGAACUAUGUAAAAUGCUAUUUCAGUCUGAGCUGUGUGAAAUGACAAUGCUAAACUCCUCGAUACUGUCCGUUUUCUGAAGGGAAUGAUGGUGAAAGCAGCCGUUCAUGUAAAAUAUAUUUCAUAUCCACUGUAACUUUCUUUCACAAGCUUUUCAAACUUAACAAGUUAUGGAAAUUCCAUACUAUACCAAUAAAAUAUUGUUUACAGUACUGACA